AUGGACCCACAGUCACUGCUUUCUCUUUCAUACUCGCACUUGCAAUUGAUGUCGCUCCAGAUAUUCUUCACACAGACGAGUCAGGCUGCAUGGACACCGCUCCAUCUUUCGAAGCGAAUGGGACCCGCAUUAUCGCUUUCCAGUAUCUACAAAGACCGCAAGCUCACUGGAUUGCUCUGCGUCGAGUUUCUGAAUAUUCCUGACGACGAAGGUUUUGUAGUCAAAAAAAACCAUGUUGUCUUGCAUCUGCCCAUCAAAUCCGACGAGCCUAAGCCAUCUGAAGAGACUGAAAAGAGUGUGGAAGCUGUGCGUCUAUCCAUGGAUGUCACUAACGAAGAGGAUGAAUAUGACGAGAUAGACUUCGAUAAUCUUGAAGAGCCUUGGGCACAUGUGGAUACAGAGCGUUUUGUUCCUGGCACUCUGUAUGCCAAACUUUUGCCCUAUAGUAACAGCUCCAUCUCGUCACUCAAUACUCUCCAAUUCACCCUGACGGGCUUCGAGACGUUGGGCGAAUUCAUCGCCUUCAUUGCCAACAAGAAUUUGCACCAGAUGACCUUCCUUGGCUAUGGUUCCAGUCUCGGUUGCAAGGGCUGCCGAGACUUCGUUGCGCAAGUCUUUCUUCAACUAGUCAUGGCGGGAAAGGUUCCUGCCGCUCACCAACACAUUCUGAAGGCGGCCAUUACAAAGAUUUACUAUCCAGAUGGAACGAUGGCCGACAAGUCUAUCGAUUGUGGCGCCUUUUUAGGCUACGACCGUGUUAUCCCAGCUGACUGGUCUGCAGCAUAUGAAAGUGAUGCAUAG